AUGGAGAACUAUACGGCUGUAGGCGCAUCGAACCCAGAGACAGAAGGUAUCCGUCUGAACUGCAGCAUGUCCGGGAGGCACAACUUCAUCUUCACCCUGAUCCCAGUAGUGUACGGCUGUAACUUUGUCAUCGGCAUGGUGGGGAACAGCAUGGUGGUGGCGGUCAUCUACCGCUACAUGAAGCUGAAGACAGUGGCCAACGUGUUCGUCCUCAACCUAGCCAUCUCAGACCUCACCUUCCUUAUCACCCUGCCCAUGUGGGCCACCUUCACAGCCACAGGCUACCAGUGGCCCUUCGGUGGGUUCCUGUGUAAGGCCAGCGCUGGCCUGGUGAUGUUCAACCUCUACAGCUCCAUCUUCUUCCUCACUGCACUCAGCGUCGACCGCCAUCUGGCCAUCGUCCACCCGGUGAGGUCACGGCAGCGCCGUACUGGGUUCUACGCCCGUAUCACCUGCGUCUUGGUUUGGCUGCUCGCCCUCCUGCUGUCCGUCCCCACCGCACUGACCAGGGACCUGAUACACAUCACCAACUAUAACAUCAGCACGUGUGGCGUGCUGCACCCCGAGGGCUCCAGGCACCUCCUCCUCACCAUCAGCCUGAUGAAGAGCAUCCUGGGGUUCCUGGUUCCUUUCCUCAUCAUCAUAUCAUGCUACUGCCUGAUUGGUCGAGCCCUGGUCAGGGCGCGGAGCAUCCAGAAGACCACCCGGUCGAGAGAUGAUGAGGUGUUGAGGAUGCUGGCGGCGGCUGUCCUAGCUUUCUUCCUGUGUUGGGUGCCCCACCAGGUAUUCCACUUGAUGGAGCUGCUGGCCCAGCUAAAGGUUGUAACUAACUGUGUGAUUGUGGACGUCAUCGACACGGCCAUGCCCUUCACCAUCUGCAUUGCCUUCCUCAACAG